GUGACUUUGCAAAAAAUCCAAGAUGGCGUCGUCCAGUUUGAAAGAAGUGGUCUCCAUGUACCAAACACUGAUUAAAGAGUGGAAUAAGAAGCCGGCUGAUCUUGAAAAAUGCGGGAAACUCAUGUCUGGAAUGAAGAUGGCACUUAUUCAGUUCUCUUUUUUACCAACCACUUCAAAUAAACCAAGUCAACAGGAACUUCUGUUAGCACGAGAUGUGCUUGAAAUUGGAGUACAAUGGAGCAUACAAAUGAAAGAUAUUCCAUCAUUUGAAAGAUACAUGGCCAUGCUGAAGCCAUAUUACCUGGAUUAUAGGGGUAUCAUUGAGGAUUCUGCUUACAUGUAUCAACUUCUAGGACUGAAUCUACUAUCUCUUUUGGCUCAGAAUAGACUGGCUGAAUUCCACACAGAGUUGGAGCUUCUACCAGCGAAAGAACUACAAUACAAUGUUUAUAUCAGGCAUCCUGUCUCGCUAGAACAGUACCUCAUGGAAGGAAGCUAUAACAAAGUCUUUGUUGCCAGGGGGAAUGUACCAGCAGAGAAUUAUCAUUUCUUUAUGAACAUUCUUUUAGGAACACUAAGAGAAGAGAUUGCAGCUUGCAUAGAAAAGUCAUAUAGAAGCAUAACCUUUAAGGAAGGAAUGAGAAUGUUGUAUUUUGAAGGUGAAAAAAGUAUGAAAGCCUUUGCAGACAAGCGAGGCUGGGUCUUAAAACCACAAAACAUAUACACCUUUGAAGACGAUAACAAGAAAGAAACAAGUUUGGAGAUUCCUUCCCACAAGAUGACACAACACAUGCUUGAGUAUGCUAAAGAACUAGAGAGAAUAGUGUAAUUCCGUAGAACACUAUGCUCUUUACUUCUAGAAUACAUGUAUUUAUAGUCAUAAUGUUGUCCUUUGGUUCACAGGGAGGAGAGGGUGGAGUUAAAUUUUUCCCAUCUGAAAUAUAUGUAAUUUUUGUCUUUCAAAUCUUAUAGCAGUUUUUUAAAAUAUUAUGUGACUCAGUAAUAAUAUUGCAAGUUGUCCUCUAGAAUUUAUUUGUUGUCAUCAUUCAAAAUUAAUCAGUCAGUACCUUAGUAUUAUAUAUUAUUGACUGAGGGGCAGUGAAAAACCAAAUUCCAAUGAACAACUUGCAAUAAUUAUUGAGUUCACACAGUAUCGAAAAUUGCUGCAAAGUAACUAAGUAUCAAAUAAAACAAGUGUGUUAAAAGAA